AUGCAAGUCUAGGAUUCAACUUAAGUUAUUGGAGCUAUCAUAGAAAAUUUAGAACUUCCCAAUUUAGAAUAGCUUAAUCUGAAUACUAAUUUCAUCAAAGAAGUUCCUCAAUUAUAAUUGCCCAGAUUGAAAGUAUUGAAUCUAUCCUUUAAUAAAAUCACAUAUAUUGCUGAUCAGAAUCUCCCAUCAUUGGAGUAACUCAAUUUAUCUGGAAAUUAACUCAUAUAUCUCCCUAAAUUGAAUUAAUCUCCAAGACUUAGACUUCUAGAUGUGCAGAAGAAUAAUCUAAUUUCAAUUACAAGGUUAAUGGGUACUUGUUAAUACUUACAGGAUCUUAAGAUGGGGUAUAAUUAAGUUCCUGGAGAGUAUAUUGAUGAAUUAUGCGCAGUUAUUCAAACAUUGCCAAGUCUUGACAAAGUCGAUUUCAAAGGAAAUCCUGUUUCUUAGGUUAAUGGCUAUGAGAUUAGAUUAUUGAAAGCAAAACCAGGUUUGAAAUAUAUUGACAAUAUUCAUUUAUCUGAAAAUAUCAUUCAAAAUCUUUAGAAUAUGGAUAAAACAAAGUCAUUUAAUGAGUUGGUGGAAGUAACAAAAGAAUAAUAUUAUAAAUGGAUAUAAGAAAGAGAAGAAGUGAGGAGAGUGAUGCAGAAAUAAUUAAAUUAGUAGAAGCUUAGAUUGGACUUUCAAUUUGAGGACAAAGAAGAAGACAACAUUGAGGAGAUGAAGGAAUUUUUUGAAUUUAUUAAAGAAAUUGAAGCUAAAAAGAAAAAAGGUGAAAAAAUAAAUGUGGAUGAUUAAAAUAUUUAAUUAUGGAGAUAGAGACUAUAAUAAUCUGAGAAUUAAAGAAUCUAAGCCUAAUAAUUAGUUAGGUAACAACAAAUAAGAAACAAUGAAUAGUAAAUCAAUAAUUAUGUAUCUACUAAAACAAUGAUGCAAAAACUAUUCGAAAUUGCCAUCAAUGAACCUGAAAUGUGGAAGGAAAUCAAGAGGAAGGAACUAGUUUAAAUACCUUAGGAACAAAGUGAUGAACCCUCUUCUGGCAUGAGAUCAAUGAAUAGUGUAGAAACACCUUAGGAAUCUGGGAGUAGAAGUGGAAAUUAUAGUGUAAGGAGUGGGAAGUCACGAUUUUGA